AUGAAGCGAGGAACACUUGAAGUACUUCUUGUUGAUGCUGAAGACAUUAGACACACCAAUGUUCUCGGUACACCGGCCUACUAUGUUAUCUUAGAGUGUGGCACUCAAGUGUACAGAAGCAAAAAAUCAUCAGAAGAAGAUGAAAAAGUUUGCUGGAAUGAAAAAUUCACAUUUGAAUUUUCUGAUUGGAAAAAUUUGACUCAUCUCAAAUUCAGAAUUAUGGACACUGAGAUGUUCACAGAUGAUGGAUUUGUUGGUGAAACCAUGAUUCAUAUUGGUGGAAUUAUUACUGAGGGAAAGGACAGAGGAUUCAUUGAAGUAAAACCAGCUCCAUAUAAUGUUGUACUUGAAGAUGACACCUAUAAAGGAGAGAUAAAGAUUGGAUUCAGAUUUGUUGCAAAUAAAGACGCAGUAGUGAACACAAGGGAGUACUUAGCAGAGAACAACACUAAACCAAGAGGAUCAAUCUGCAGGACCAUUGCGAACUUAUGGAAAGGUUUAUGGUGGAAGUUUUUGUUUGGUCAAAGAACGGAUUCAAAUAACAGUCGGAAACAUAUUAAGGAAUGUUAG